CAGAGACCCUGGGUGAGCCCCUGGGUGCGACCCCCGGCCCAGGACAGCCCCCUGCCGGCCCCUGCCCCUGCCUGCCGCCCCCGCCUCUCCCUCCUGCCCCUAGGACUGGACCAGAGAGGCCACUGUGGCCCCUGGGGGGGGCCCUGCCCUCCCAGCUCGCGCCAGCCGCCCCCAGGGGUCCCCCCCGGGCCUGGCGGGACCAGGAUGCUGCCUGGCCCCAGCCAACGCCCGCGCCCACCCGAACGCGCCGUCUGAGCGGGGACAGCCCGAUGCCGGCUGAGCCCGGGCCCGAGGUGGGCAGUGGCUGGCCGGGCCUGCUCAUGUCCUGCCUGAGGGGUCCGCACGUCAUCCUCAAGAUGGAAGCCAUGAAGGUCGUGCACCCCGAGAAGUUCCCCGAGCUGCCGGCCGCCGCGCCCUGCUUCCCCGCGGCGCCGCGGCCCGCCCCCGCGCUGGCCCCCAAGCGGGCCUGGCCCUCCGACACCGAGAUCAUCGUCAACCAGGCGUGCGGGGGCGACGCGCCGGCCCUGGACGGGGCGCCCCGCACUCCGCCCCCGCCGCGGCGGCCCCGCAAGGGCAGCGUGGAGCUGGGCUUCCCGCGCGUGGCGCCGGCGGACGAGGUCAUCGUGAACCAGUACGUGGUGCGUCCGGGCCCCGCGGCGGCCUCCGCGGCCUCCUCGGCGGCCGGCGAGCCGCUGCAGUGCCCCACGUGCGGGCACACGUACAAUGCCACGCAGCGGCGGCCGCGCGUGCUCUCGUGCCUGCACUCGGUGUGCGAGCAGUGCCUGCAGAUCCUGUACGAGUCGUGCCCCAAGUACAAGUUCAUCUCCUGCCCCACCUGCCGCCGCGAGACUGUGCUCUUCACCGACUACGGCCUGGCCGCGCUGGCGGUCAACACGUCCAUCCUGAGCCGCCUGCCGCCCGAGGCGCUCACGGCGCCGGCCGGGGGCCAGUGGGGCGGCGAGCCGGAGGGGAGCUGCUACCAGAGCUUCCGGCAGUACUGCGGGGCUGCCUGCACCUGCCACGUGCGGAACCCGCUGUCCGCCUGCUCCAUCAUGUAGCGCCCGCCUGCCCGCCACCCCCCACCCCCACCCCGGCAGUCCCUGCUCGCUGCUGCCUCGGGGCCUGGCCCUGCCCUGCCGCCGCCGACCCUUCCUCGCCGACCAUGGCUUCUGGCCCACCCCGCGUGGCACUGUCA